GGGGAUGAGGAGAAAAACAGUCUGUAUGAGGAUGGAGAUGUAGUUAUAGGGGGGUUAUUCCCUGUACACUACAGCCCUGUGUCUUCUCUUCCAACGUACAAGUCUAAACCAACACCUAUUAUGUAUAAUUUCAACUCUUAUGCCUUGCAAUGGAUGCAGACCAUGACUUUUGCAAUCAAAGAGAUCAACCAGCGCAGUGACCUCCUGCCACAGCUCAAGCUGGGUUUCCACAUCCGUGACGGCUGUUAUGACAUACCUGUGUCUCUGAGAGAAUCCUUCAUGUUGCUCAACGGCCAGCCAGAGAGUCUGGACAGAGACAAAGGUCCAGAAAGUAACAUUGGUUCUAAUUUAGGCUGUGCUGCUGUACACAGGACUGCGUCCCCUGUAAUCAUAGGAGGUCCUGCCUCUGGAGUGUCCAUGGCUCUGAUGAGAAGCCUGGGUUCUUUCCAUAUCCCCUUGGUGAGCUAUUUCGCAUCCUGCAGCUGUCUGAGUAAUCAAAGGGAAUUCCCCACAUUCAUGCGCACCAUGCCAAGUGACGCUUUCCAGGUCAGGGCCCUGGCCCGGCUGGUUAGCUAUUUUGGCUGGACCUGGGUGGGAGUCAUUGGUCUGGAAUCUGAUUAUGCUCGCUUUGCCAUCCAGCUCUUCCUGCAGGAGUCAGUUCAGUACGGUGUGUGUGCUGCCUACACUCACUUCUACCCAAUAGUUCUGACUAAGCAGGCUCUAGAUGCGCUUCUGGAUAUUAUACAGAUGUCAUCCUCAAAGGUAAUCAUUAACUUUUGUGGUGAGUCUGAGAUGGAGAAUAUUUUGAGAGAGAUCCGACUUCGGAAUAUAACCGGUCUGCAGUGGAUCGCCAGUGAGGCUUGGUCUACUUCAGUAUACCUCUGGGAAGAGUUUGGAGAUCUCCUGAUGGGAACACUGGGAUUUGCCAUCAGAAGAGCUGAUGUGAUUCCUGGACUGAAACAACACCUGACUAGUCUCAGACCAUCUGAGAUUUCUGAAUCAGCUUUUUUAGCAGAAUUGUGGGAAGAGAUGUUCAACUGUCGACUGAACGGGUCAGUGAACAGCCACUCCCAUGAUGGUGACAACUACCUUGACAGAUUACCAUGUAAAGGGACGGAGGAUUUAAAUGACGUUUACUCCCCUUAUUCUGAUGUGACACAGCUAAGAGUGUCCUAUAACGUUUACAAGGCUGUGUAUCUGGUGGCCCAUGCCUUGCAAGAUAUGAGUAACUGCAUAGUCGGACAGGGGCCUUUCCCCAAUAGCACCUGUGCAGACCCAAAAAACUUUAAACCAUGGCAGCUUAUCCACUACAUGAAACGUGCUAAUUUUUCUACACUUGGGGAGAAAGUCAAUUUUGAUGAAAACGGUGACCCCAUUGCUUAUUAUGAUCUCAUGAACUGGCAAAGGAGGCCUGAUGGCUCACUAGAUUUGGUAAAAGUAGGUUUCUAUGAUGCCUCCUCACCUUCUGGACGCAGCCUGGUCAUAAACGACUCAGUAAUUCAGUGGCCUGUUGGGAAGCAGGCUUCCCGGUCUGUAUGCAGUGACAGUUGUCCUCCAGGUUUCCGCAUUGCCAGGAGAAAGGGGGAACCCAUCUGCUGUUUCGACUGUGUCACCUGUGCUGAGGGAGAAGUCAGCAAUAAGACUGAUUCUUUAGAGUGUUUGCGCUGCUCAAAGGACACAUGGCCCAAUAAAGCCAGAGAUCUCUGCAUCCCAAAGACUGUUGAGUUCCUGUCUUACUAUGAGUUAAUGGGUAUUGUGUUGUGUGUCGUAUCUGUCUUCGGAGCGUGUAUUUCUCUCUCCAUCCUCACCAUUUUCUACACUUAUAAAAACACACCACUUGUUCGGGCCAACAACAUGGAAUUGAGCUUCCUUCUCUUGGUGUUUCUUGCUAUCUGUUUCCUUGUUGGCCUGUUGUUCAUUGGUGAGCCUUCAGACGGACUUUGUCGUAUCAGGUACCCAGCAUUUGGGAUCAGUUUUGCCUUGUGCAUUUCAUGCCUACUGGCCAAGACAGCAGUGGUCCUGAUGGCUUUUAGGUCCACAUUGCCAGGAAGUAACAUCAUGAAGUGGUUUGGACCCCACCAUCAAAGAGCCAGUGCAUUUUUAGGAACAACUGUCCAGGUAAUAAUCUGUCUAAUCUGGCUGCUCACCAGUCCACCUCAUGCCAACAACAAUACAGAUUACCACAGUGCUACCAUCAUUGUUGAGUGUGUUACUGGCUCAGAAGUUGGCUUCUGGUGUGUUCUUGGAUACAUCGGCAUCCUGGCCUGCAUGUGCUUCCUAAUGGCUUUUUUGGCUCGGAAGCUGCCUGAUAAUUUUAAUGAGGCAAAGUUCAUCACCUUCAGCAUGCUGAUAUUUUUUGCAGUGUGGAUAACGUUUAUCCCAGUUUAUGUGAGCACAGCAGGAAAAUACACAGUGGCUGUUCAUAUUUUUGCUAUUUUAGCCUCAGCUUUUGGUCUCCUUUUUUGUAUUUUUGCUCCAAAGUGCUACAUCAUAAUUCUGAAGCCAGAAAAAAAUAAUAAGAAAACUGUGAUGCAAAGAUGA